CCACUUGCAAUGUAUUCAAUAAAGUACAAUUGGAAUGGUGACUCAUAUGGUCAUAGAACUAUCCACAUUUGUCCCAACUUUCUUUCUCCCAAAUCCCUCUCCCUUUAUCUUUACACCACCGCCACCAUCAUCUCCCUUUGAUUUCCUUUCUAGAAUUACAAACAGAAACAGAAAAAAAAAAAAAAAAAGAAAGAAGAAAGAAAGAAGAAGAAGAUGAGGAAUCCAUGUUCAUCUAGGGCUGGAGCUGGAAGGCCAACCCCAUGUUGUAACAAAGUGGGGAUAAAGAGAGGACCAUGGACUCCUGAAGAAGAUGAACUCUUGACCAAUUACAUCAACAGAGAAGGAGAAGGCCGGUGGCGCACGCUGCCUAAGAAAGCUGGCUUGAUUCGCUGCGGCAAGAGCUGCCGCCUCCGCUGGAUGAAUUAUCUCAGGCCAUCCGUUAAGCGGGGGCGCAUCGAUCCUGAUGAGGAAGACAUCAUCCUUCGCCUCCACAGGUUACUUGGCAACAGGUGGUCUUUGAUAGCUGGGAGGAUACCAGGGAGAACCGAUAAUGAAAUCAAGAACUAUUGGAAUACUCAUCUUAGUAAGAAGCUCAUCAGCCAAGGAAUAGACCCUAGAAACCACAAGCCAUUGAACUCUUACAAUCCCAAUUCUUCUGGAAUCCAAAACCCUAACCCUAAUCCUAAAUAUUCAUCAGGAUUAGGAGAAACUAGUGGCAGCACUAAUAAUGAUCAGCAAAAACCCACCACAAACACUGGCUUAUAUAUCCCAUCAUCAGUCCCAAAUAACCAUCAAGAUGAGAAUUGGCGUAGCAAUUUUGAUGGUUUUGUGAUGAUGGGGUUACAAGGAGGCUACCAAGGGGAAAGCAACAAAUUAUUAGAAGAAGACCAUCUGAUCGGGAACUAUUGCAUCAAUGAGGAUACUGCUGCAUUUUCUUCCUUUCUGGACUCUUUGAUGAAUGAAAAUGUGUUUGUGAGUAAUCAUCAUCAACAACAAGAGACAAAUAUGGUUGCAUCCACAUCAAUAUUUGAUCCUACUCUUCAUUCAUCAUCACAAGCCUUCAAUGUUCAUGAUGCCACAACUUGGGAAGAUCAAGUGUUGGCCACAAUGGCAGCAAUAGGGGGUGAUCAAGAAAUUAAGUAACAUACGUACGUUCUACCACAAUCUUCCGGCUAGAUGAAGCAUAUAUUAAAGGGUUUGAUUUAUUCUUGUGAUUUUCUGAAGUUUUAAUUCAAAACAUUAGAGGGUUGGUUUUAUAUAAUUAUUUAUGUAUGAACGUAUUAUGUAGA